AUGGGAAGGUCACCUUGCUGCGAGAAAGCUCAUACCAAUAAAGGAGCAUGGACCAAAGAAGAAGAUGAUCGGCUCAUCGCUUAUAUCAGAGCUCACGGCGAAGGUUGCUGGCGAUCACUUCCCAAGGCCGCAGGGCUUCUCCGAUGCGGCAAGAGUUGUCGUCUCCGAUGGAUCAACUACCUGAGGCCUGACCUCAAACGUGGGAAUUUUACAGAAGAAGAAGACGAGCUCAUAAUCAAACUUCAUAGUCUCCUUGGUAACAAGUGGUCUCUUAUAGCUGGAAGAUUACCAGGAAGAACAGACAAUGAGAUAAAGAAUUAUUGGAACACCCAUAUAAGAAGAAAGCUUCAGGGUCGUGGCAUCGAUCCAGCGACUCACCGGCCAAUCAACGAGCCUGCGCAGGAAGUCACAACCAUAUCUUUCGCCAGUGCAACUUCUAAAGAAGAAGAGAAGAUGACUACUGGUUUUGUAUGCAAAGAAGAGAAGAGCCCGGCUCGCGAACUGUGUCCUGACUUGAACCUUGAGCUGAGAAUUAGUCCUCCUUAUCACCAACAAUCUGAGCCAUUGAAGACUGGAGGGAGGACUAGUACUAUAUGUUUUUCUUGCAGCUUGGGAAUUCAAAAUAGCAAAGAUUGCACUUGUAGUAGUGGUACCAGUAGCAGUAGCUCUGGUUAUGACUUCCUAGGGUUGAAAACUGGUGUCUUGGACUACAGAAGCUUGGAGAUGAAGGGAAUAUGGAUGGGUUUGAGUUAUGUAUCAAAAAAAGGAGGGAAGGGAGAGGGAUGA